GCAUCGCUGUUUUGGCCGAUGCGAGCUGGAAUCGGCUGAAAUAGUAUGAAGUGCUUGUGGGAUGGAUUGAUCGAAAUAUAAUUAAACCUUCUAUGACGUGAAAUUAUAAGAAGAUACUCAACUUCUUUUUAACAUUCUUGCAACAUUAGUGUAUUGUGUCAAAAUGGCCAAAAGAGGACUGUCUCGUAAAGAACUCGAAGAAAUCAAGAAGCGCGAAGAAAUUGAAGCUGCUGCUGAGGUAUUUGAGGAGUUUGUAGCCACAUUUCAAGAAGAUGCCAGCAAAGUCAGUAAAGUUUGGGUCAAAGCGGGUACCUAUGAUGCUGGUCAAAGAAAGGAAGAUGCCAAAGAUAAAGGCAAAUUGUAUAAACCAACAUCUAAAUUGGCGAGCUUAGCAGAAUCUUUCUCCACAAGAUCCAAGGCAAAUGAAUCUAAGGAAUCUAAAGAAUCAAAAGAUAAAAGUUUACAAAAAAAGGAGAAGAAAAAGAGCAAUCUUGAGAUGUUCAAAGAGGAACUCAGAGUUAUCCAAGAAGAAAGAGAGGAACGACACAAAGUUAAAGCUCACUUGAAACCAAGUCGCUUUGAGCCUGUCAAUGUGAGUUCUCCAAGUACUAGCAAAAGCUCUCUUGCUCUUGGAUCAAUCUUGAUAGAAAAGACAGGAUCAUUUGAUGUAGGAGAUCCCAAUACCACUAACAUUUAUUUAGGCAAUAUCAACCCUAAGAUGACAGAACAACAAUUGAUGGACACAUUUGGAAAAUAUGGACCUUUAGCCAGCGUAAAAAUCAUGUGGCCUCGAACUGAGGAAGAGAAAGCAAGGAAUCGAAAUUGCGGAUUCGUAGCCUUUAUGUGCCGAAAAGACGCAGAGAGAGCGAUGAAAAAAUUAAACGGUAAAGAUAUUCUGUCUUUUGAAAUGAAACUCGGAUGGGGGAAGGCCUUGCCAAUUCCUGCUCGACCGAUUUACAUACCGCCAGCAUUACUUGAAAAAACGCUUCCUCCACCACCAACCGGCUUGCCUUUUAAUGCAAUACCCUCCCCACAAGAUAUUGAUCAGAUCCCGCCACCCGGAACACCCUACCCAACACACGGCGAGGCGUUGGAGAACUUCAACAAGAUUAUAUCCAGGGCUGUUGUCAAAGUGGUUAUCCCUACAGACAGAAAUUUGUUGUGUUUGAUUCAUCGAAUGAUCGAAUCUGUUGUUCGAGAGGGCCCAAUGCUUGAGGCCAUGGUGAUGAACAAGGAAAUUGAUAACCAGCAAUUCAGGUUUCUAUUUGAAAACCGGAGUCCAGCUCACAUUUACUAUCGCUGGAAAUUGUUCUCAAUCCUACAAGGCGAGUCUGGUAAUGUGUGGUCCACAGAAGACUUUCGCAUGUUUAAAGGCGGUUCCAUCUGGAAACCCCCGUCUAUGAACCCGUUUUCUGAGGGCAUGCCAGACGAACUUUUCUCGUCCGACGAGGAAGAUGAUGAGAGUCGCCGACGAUCGCUCAGCAAAUCUCAAAAGAAACGACUAGAAUUGAUGUUGAGAAAAUUGACUCCUGAAAAAUCCAAAGUAGCGGAAGCUAUGAUUUUUUGCAUCGAGCACGCCGAAGCUUACGAGGAAAUCAUCGAUUUCGUUACCGAGUCACUCAAUAGUGUCAAAACCUAUAUUCCUCAAAAGUUGGGAAGAUUUUUUUUGGUAUCAGACGUCCUUUACAACUCGUCUGCAAAGGCGGUCAAUGCUUCCAGUUUCCGUUCGGGAUUCCAGUCACACAUGGUGGAAAUAGUCAAUUAUAUGCAUCAAGCGUACGAGGCGACCGAGAGCCGAUUGAAAGCCGAAGCUUUUCGACAACGAGUUAUGCUCUGCUUUCGAGCUUGGGAAGAAUGGAAUGUCUAUCCAGCCGAAUUCCUCAUUCAUUUGCAAAAUGUCUUUCUGGGCCUUGUCUCUGCCGAUCAAGAUGUUUCUCAACGGACUUCAGGCAACGUUGAAGACGUCGACGGCAUUCCACUUGACGAUGCAGAAGCAAUCGACGGAGCUCCACUCAGUGAUUCCGAAGAUUUGGAUGGUGUACCUUUGGACGGUGCGGCUCUUUUGAGGAGUGCAGUCAAACUCCAAACUAGUUCUCCAGCUCGUUCAUUUACAGUUACGAAAUCAAACAAAUAUGACGCUGAUUUUGAUGGAGUGCCUAUGUCUGAAGAUUUGGACGGAGUCCCGAUAAAAAGCUCGUCUUCACCGGUAGUGCGAAGAGACCGGAGACGUGAAACUAAGUCAUCAUCAACUUCCAAAUGGGAAACACCGGCGCCGGUUGUAGCCACUAGCAAGUGGGACAAUAUCGACCCCGAUUCAGAGUCAAAUGAGCCGUCAAGAAAAAAGAGUAGAGCCAAACAUAAUGAGGACAUCUUUGCGGAUCUGGAGAGCACUAAACAAAGAGGAGCUGCUUCAGAUGAAGAUCUCGACGGUGCGCCCCUUGACUCGUCACCAGAGGCAACGCGACACAGCUCCGGUUCUAGGAAUGAGGAUCAACGUGGGAAACUGCGAGAGCUUGAACUGAAAGUCGUUCGCUACCAAGAUGAACUCGAAGCCGGACUACAUAAUCAGAUUCCGGGCAUGUCAGUUUCAGAACAAGUUCAACAAUACCGCGAACAUCUUUUACGCAAGUCAAAACGGGAUCGUUCCCAAGAAACAGUUGACGGUCGAGAUCGCGAAUCUAGAGAACGGCGCACGCCUCACAGUACCGAGAAAUCAGAUCGUGGUUCUGGUCGACAGGCAACUGACAGGGAACGUUAUAAAGAAAAAGAUAGACGACGUUCAAUUUCCAGAUCAAGGUCUCGUUCCAGAUCGCCAAGAAAGUCAUCGCGAUCAAAACGAACGAGAUCAUCGAGGUCGUCCAGUCCGAGUCACACUUUACGAAGAACCCCCCGGAGGUCAAGAUCAAAAAGCGAUGACUCGUCGAAACGAUCUCGCCGCUCUCGAAGCCGUUCGACUUCUCCACGAAGGCCGUCUAAGAACCAGAAGAAAUCCAAAAAUUUGAAAUGAAACGAUUCGACUGCUGUUUGGUGGUGCAGUUUUCCAAAUUUCGUGUUCCCUCGGAUGUUGUUCAACUUUUGCUUUUUUUGGUAUUCAAUACAAUCUGCCUUCUAGCGGUA